AACCAAUCAAGCAAAGCAGCAAUUCUCUUUAACGAUUCAAAUUCUCAAACUUUCUUAGCAUCCAAACAAAGCCCAUCAAUUUUUCCAAUGUCGAUCAUUCCCAGCUUCCGACGAGGCAGCAUUUUCGACCCUUCCUCUCUCGAUGUCUGGGACCCAUUCAAGGAUUUCCCAUUCCCUUCCUCUUCAUCACUCUCCACAUUCCCUGAAUUUUCUCGGGAAAAUUCAGCUUUCCUGAACACGAGGAUCGACUGGAAGGAGACCCCGGAAGCCCACUUGUUCAAGGCAGACCUUCCGGGGAUGAAGAAAGAAGAGGUGAAGGUGGAGGUUGAAGACAACAGGGUGCUUCAGAUCAGCGGAGAGAGGAACGUAGAGAAGGAGGACAAGAACGACAAGUGGCACAGAGUGGAGCGCAGCAGCGGCAAGUUCUUGAGGAGGUUUCAGCUUCCUGAAAACGCAAAGUUGGACGAGACUAAGGCUGCAAUGGAGAAUGGGGUUCUGAGUGUCACUGUGCCAAAGGCUGAGGUGAAGAAGGCUGAUGUCAAAGCCAUUGAAAUCUCUGGCAAAGAAAACAACUGAGCACUAAGAAACGGGGCCUGGGAGCACCACAGGCAUCAGCAGCGAGAAUAUCCACAAGGGAGGCUGACGCCAUGUCAAAAAUCUGCAGACCAGGAUCAAAGCAUCCGCAGUACAGUUCUGUUCAGGAAAGAUGUGCCUAACUGAGCAAUCACAGUCACCUAGUUUGUAAUCGCAAUGAUUAAUGAAUUAUAUCCAAGUUUUAUUGUGGUCA